AUGUCAGCUGUUCGGGUUUUGGUCCGGUCACUUUUCAGGCAAAUUCAUAGUAUCGGUAAACCAUUCUGUCGUUACUUUCUACUAGUUAAUUUUUUGUUUGUUAUGACGUUGUUUCCGACCCUUUCAGUUUCAUUAUAUUUCGUUUCCUUUUCGUUAUUCGUUUUUCCUGUAAGUUUGUUGAUGUGACAUAAUGCUUUCAAACGAUUAGGACAAGUUGCAGCAAGAUCAGGCUAUAACAGUGCUGGUGAAUUCGCAGCAGUUAGCAGUGUUGCUAACGGCCAGUCAGCACUCAUUCCACGAGCUCCAAAGAAAAAUGUUGGUGUGUUCGCAAGAGGUCUUUGGAGUGGUUUUACUUCCAGAGUAGGAUCAGUCUCUCAAGCUGCCUCCCUAAGGCGUAAGUUUGAAGCCCUUUUAUAUUUGCGAUCUUUACGUUCAUAUCUUUAAUACGUAAUGUUGAUCAAGUGUUAAUCACACUGCUAGUGGUGAAAAUAAUACGUACAUGCAUUGUUAUGAACUGUCGUUUUUUAUGAACAGAACGUUCUCUUCAAUUCUUGCUAUCUAAUGUUCAUGUCAUCUUUCUUUUAAUUUAAUUAAGUUCAGAUAAGAUCUGUUCUAACCAAGGUCCAAGUCAGGAAGAAUCAUGUCCAAUAUUCCACUAAUCAUCAUUAAUCCUUUAUACUUCCUCUAAAUUUCUAUAUUAACCUUUAGUCUAAUUCCAACAUUGGAUUUAUAAUUCUAGGUUCAGGCCUCUAUAUUUUUCCUUCUAAAUAAUUUAGGAGAUUUUCACAUUACAUCCAGAUGACUUACCAUUAUGUUUCUUUAACCUCGUCAUUUGUUUGUAGCAUAAUGUAAAGAUGUUGUGAAAUUUUCUUAUUGAUCACCACAUAAUUAACUGACUUAAUUUGACAUAUGCAAGAGGUUGCUAACUGAAUAAUUAAUGACAUUUUUAUUUUUUGUUAUAUAUAUAGGAAUGGCAAUUGCCCGCAUGCUCAGAGGUUGUGGACCCAAAUCCCCUAUGUUUGCCUUCCUUGGGUUUGCAGUUGCAAUUUCAAGUAGGUUUUUCUUUUAGUUUUUAAUAACCUGAAAUUUACUCCUUAAGAGGAAGAUUUCACAGCUUGACAUAUAUGUACAGUUACUCACAUAUGUGUAUGUUGUUUUAACAACAAAACCUUGGCAAAAUAAGGGGGGGAGGUGAAUUAUAGAAAACCUAUUAAUUUUAUCAAGGCAAUGUGAGAGAAUGAGGAAAUGGUAUCCCUUGGAGGACAAGGCUGAAUAGUUUUGGGACAUGACUCUUUUAAUUGUUGCAACUCUGCUCACUAAAGGAUUUCUCAAUGACAGACUUGUAAAUGGUAGCCUCAAGUUUUGCUGAGUAUGUGAGCCAGAUCUCUUUACAUCACAGUUCACCCUUAGAAGGAUGUUUAUUCCAAACACUUUUAAUUUUUUUAUAAUGAUCCCUCCACAGUCAUGUGUAAGUUACUUGGGUAAAGUAACAACCAUUUUUGUUUCUGCAGGUAUAAAAUGGUAGAAUUGCACCACGUUCGCCCCCUAUCGAGUUCGCCCUUCGAGUUCGCCCCUACCUUAUGCCGUGUUCGCCCCCACACUUUUCGAGUUCGACCCCAUCAAGUCGAGUUCGCCCCUUGAUUGAGUGAUAUCCAGAUGAGUUGAUUUGUGACAAAGGCACUAGCAGAAUGUGCCAAAUGUCAUGUCCGCGACGACCAUUUUGAAUUUCGGCAAUUGCAUGGAACCUGCUUGGGAACUGGGUUGACAGAAUCAACUAAAUACUCCGCAUGGGAUCUGGGGUUACCAGAAAUAACUGUAUACACUGAACUUGUGAUAAAGAGAACCACACGGUUUAUCUAACGAACACGAAAUGUGUUGAUUGUAACAACCAGACUUGAGAAGAUGCAAACCACGCUUUCAUCGCGACAGCAUUACUUAAGUUGUUAGACUUGUACCCGUUUAGCUUUAUUUAUGAAAUUAAGACUGAAGAAUUUACUCAUCAACUUACGAAUCAACUCAUCUGGAUAUCACUCAAUCAAGGGGUGAACUCGACUUGAUGGGGUCGAACUCGAAAAGUGUGGGGGCGAACAAGGUAUAAGGUAGGGGCGAACUUGAAGGGGUGAACUCAAUAGGGGGCGAAAGUGGCGGAUACCAAAUGGUACAUUUUAUAGAAGUUCUUAUGUGCUAGUCUUUUUUGAACUUUGUAUCAACAUUACCCUUGUAUAUUGUAUUUUCAAUAGGUGAAGAUGGACAAAGAAAAGAACCAUAUAAAAAACUACAUCAGACGGCCCAAAGAGCUCUUUUGACUAAAAAUAUGUUUGCAGAGGUACAAUAAAUUAUCUUUCAGUUAAGUGAUCUUGUUCAUGUAGACUGUAUAGUCAUAAUAGCUAAGUAGUGUAAUCAUAUUAAUUAGCAUCUGUGGUGAAAGGACUAAUUACUGCUGACUGUUAGGAUUUAAUGUAACUGUGCUGUUUGGAGUCAGAUGAACAACAAAACCAUAGGAUUGACUGUGAAUCAAAGCACACUUCUCACAACAAGAUGGCUGGUUCACUACAUACAUACAUACAUACAUAACUUUAUUUGAUAACGCAGGUUAAAAUUUGCGCAACUUUACAGCUGAUGUGGACCUGCCUAAACUAAUUAGUCUAUAAUUAUAUAAAAUACAGAUAUGAUAAAAUUUAUAAGUUGAAUAAAUCAAGUAAACCAUAAAGUUUUAGUAAUAGUGAAAAUUUGGUUUCAUGUUUUGUAUAACAUUACCUCCCUUUUCAAAAUUAAUAUUCAUAACAGUUUGCUUGGAUUGUUUUAAGUUAUAUUUAAAAAUAGAUAAAUUUGGAGAAUCUUUAACAUUAUCGGGAAGUGCAUUCCAUGCUACUGCAGAUCUAUGAGCAAAGGACCUACGACCCAAUUCGGUUUUGGGCCUAUUAAGUACAACAUUCAGGGAUUUCCUUAGGUUAUAACUGUUAGAGUUCUUGGUCACCAAACAAUUAAUUUCCGCAACCCUAAAUUAUAAUAAGCAUUAUAUGUAAUAGUUAAGAUACGUAGCUUAUAAAAAUACUCUAAAGGCAUCCAGCCAACCUUAGAAAGUACAUCAUUAUCCCCAAAACUAUUUGGUAUCUUAUGAAUUAGCCUGGCAGCCCUGAUGUGAAUCAUUUCUAGAUCUUUAAGCUUGGAUCCAGACCCCCAAAUUGCAAUUCCAUAUAGAACACUUGGUAUAACUAUCCUAUAGUAAAAAGUCUCCAAGAUAGAUGUACAUAGGAAAUUUAUACGUCUCAACAUUUUAACUUUGGCAUUAAAUGCAGAUCUAGCCAAUGCAACAUGCUGAGACCAAGAGAGUUUAUCAUCAAUUGUAACCCCAAGGCAAUUGGUGGAGGACACAUACCGAAUGGUGUCCAUACCCCACUUCAGCUGUUUCAAAGGACCUAUGAAGGGUAACCAGUCAACUCGCCGACGGACCAACUCGCCGACGCCAACUCGCCGACGUAUAAAAUCGAGUAGAGACGUCGGCGAGUUGGUCGUCAAUCCAAUACAACUUAUUAGAAGUUAAACAUACAGAGAAGUAAACGAUAUUUAGUAAAAAAACACUGGCGAACAUUGGUGAACAUCAAACAGAAGCUUAAACAUCGGUGAACAUUGGUGAACGUCACCAAUGACUAUAACGAACGAGUUAUUGUGCGACAACAACACCGUAAAGACUCAUCUUGUCAAUCGCUCAGAUUUUUUAACGAAAACGUGGCUUUCUAGACGAGAUCUUUAGUAAAAUGCAAUUAUUUCUAUUUGCAACAAAGUUUAUAAGGAUCUUAAGGCGAAUAAAGCGAAGUAAACCUCACCAACGACUCUAACAGCUUCAGACGCGAACGAGUUAUUGUGUGACAACAACACCGUUAAGACUCAGCAUGUCAAUCGCUCAGUUUUUUUAACGACAACUUGGCUUUCUAGACAAGAUCUUUAGUAAAAAGCAUUUCUUUUUAUUAGGCAAUUACAGAGUAAGGUGUUUGGAUUAUGGGAGAAAUAUGAAAAUGGUGAAAGAACAGCGGCCCAAUUAUUGAAAUCGAUGUCGAGAUUAAACGGACCUACAAGAGCAGAGUAAUUGCAUGAUAUACAUUACUUUCACAUGUUCAUCUGAUCUUUAUAAUAGAUGGAAUUUUAUCGUUUUUAUCGUAAAUCAAACGUUCUCGAUCAUGAAUAAAUCUUUCUUUAAAGUUAAAAAAAAAACAUGUGGUUCCGCGUGGUUGCUAUGGUUGUCACACAAUAACUCGUUCGCGUCUGAAGCUGUUAGAGUCAUUGGUGAGGUUUACUUCGCUUUAUUCGCCUUAAGAUCCUUAUAAACUUUGUUGCAAAUAAAAAGAAUUGCUUUUUACUGAAGAUCUUGUCUAGAAAGCCUAGUUUUCGUGAAAAAAACUGAGCGAUUGACAUGAUGAGUUUUUACGGUGUUGUUGUCACACAACUCGUUCGCGUCUGAAGCUGUUAGAGUCAUUGGUGAGGUUUACUUCGCUUUAUUCGCCUUAAGAUCCUUAUAAACUUUGUUGCAAAUAAAAAGAAAUACUUUUUAUCAAAGAUCUUGUCUAGAAAGCCAAGUUUUCGUUAAAAAAUCUGACCGAUUGUCAUGAUGAGUCUUUACAGUGUUGUUGUCAUACAAUAACUCGUUCGCGUCUUAAGCUGUUAGAGUCAUUGGUGAUGUUUACUUUACUUUAUUCGCCUUGAGAUCCUUAUAAACUUCGUUGCAAAUAAAAAGAAUUGCUUUUUACUAAAGAUCUUGACUAGAAAGCCAAGUUUCCUUUAAAAUCUGACCGAUUGUCAUGAUGAGUCUUUACGGUGUUGUUGUCACACAAUAACUCGUUCGCGUCUUAAGCUGUUAGAGUCGUUGGUGAGGUUUACUUCGCUUUAUUCGCCUUAAGAUCCUUAUAAACUUUGUUGCAAAUAAAAAGAAAUGCUUUUUACUAAAGAUCUCGUCUAGAAAGCCACGUUUUCGUUAAAAAAUCUGAGCGAUUGACAUGAUGAGUCUUUACGGUGUUGUUGUCGCACAAUAACUCGUUCGCGUCUUAAGCUGUUAUAGUCAUUGGUGAUGUUCACCAAUGUUCACCGAUGUUUAAGCUUCUGUUUGAUGUUCACCAAUGUCCAAUGUUUUUUUACUAAAUAUCAUUUAAUUUUCUGUAUGUUUAGCUUCUAAUAAGUUGUAUUGGAUUGACGACCAACUCGCCGACGUCUCUACUCGAUUUUAUACGUCGGCGAGUUGGUGUCGGCGAGUUGGUCCGUCGGCGAGUUGACCGUAAACCCUAUGAAGGGGGUAGUACUUAAGACCAUUGCCUCGGAUUUACCUUCAUGUAGAAUCAAUCUGUUACUAAGACACCAGGAAUUAACCUGGUCCAAAACAGCCUGUAACCCUGUUGUUAUUUCAUCAACAGUAUUCCCUACUACAUAUAUUGUUGUGUCAUCAGCAUACAUAUAGACUUCUCCACUGGUAAUAGAUUCAGGGAGGUCAUUAACAUAAGAUGCAAACAAUCUUGGUCCUAGUAAGGAUCCCUGAGGGACCCCAGCUCUAAUGGGGAUUCUAUCAGAUCUAGACCCACUUACACUAGUCCCUUGUACACGGUUGGAGAGAUAGUCAUUGAUCCAUUUCCACAUAUCACCUGCCAAGCCAACAGCCUUGAGUUUCUCAGUAAGAAUACUGUGGUUGACACAAUCAAAAGCUUUGCGGAAAUCAAUGAAUAAGACUCCAACCUCUCAUGUCCCAUAGUUCUUUUCGCUUGUAUAGGUCUUAAUGUCUUACUCAGAACAUUACAAUAACCUUAACAGAAAUCAUUUCUAAGUACACAAGGGUUUAAUGAUAUCAAAGUAUACCUGGUACCAUGACCCUUUUUUUUCCUCUCGCAGCUUCAAAAAGAUUUUGAGGAACCUUCCCUUGCUCAGCUCAAACUAAAGGACUUCAAAGUUGGUGAACGACUUGGCCAAAGUUCCUCAAACUCUGCAGUUUAUUCAGCUGAAUACAUGGGCUAUGAGGUUGGGGUCUUAUAAAAUUUGUUGUGUUAGUAUGACAAUCAAUUUAGAAGCACAAGGGACUAGGUGUAUGUUUUCAACCUCCCCUUUCCCAACCCCCCUAGAUUGAAGGUUUACUCACAGGUUUACAAGAAGGUUGCUAUUAACCAAACAAAACUUAUACUUUUCUAAUACUUAGAAAUUUUAAGCAAGUAGUCCCCCAUUAUGCAUGGUAGGCAACAUUCAUUACCAGGAACUGCAUGUUAUACUGUAGGAAUCCACUGGUGACAUCAUUUUCCAUAGUUUCUUAACUCUGAUGCAUUAAAACACUCCUGGUAUUUUGAAAAGGUAAUUUAUUGUACAAUAAUAUUAUUAUUACUCUGAUAAAUAAAUGUUUUGUCUUAAUCAAACAGUAUGCCAUCAAGAUGUUAUUUAACUAUGGAACAAGUUCUCAGAGCAGCUCUUUAAAAAGAGUGAGUUUUUAUCUUUUUCUUUUAUAAGCAUAUAACAUAUUAGGUGCAGGGAUGAAGGUAAAACUUUGUACAGAUGGAGAUGUGCACUUAACAGGCUGUUACUUUGGGCAGAAGGCCCUGUUUGCCACAUGGCAGAUGCACCUCUUGUUGGGUCCAGGGGCAUGCUCCCCUUGAAAAGUUUAAAAUUUAGGCUCUCUUUUUUGUGCCAAAAUUUCAGCCUAUAUGAAAUGUAGGUUACUUGACAGGGUUGAGAUAUAAAGUAGAAAUACUCUGAGGAGCUAAGCUUUUAACAAACACAUGAUCAGUCCUAGAAAUGGAGUGUUUAUGAUCUUGAUACUUCUAUAAGAAAAUAACUGAAGUUUAAACAUACAAAACAAUAUCUUAUUUCACUGAAAACUUAUAUGAAGAAGCAGAAACUAUUUGAAGAUUUAUAUUCUUUUCCAGCCAUGAAAAUCCUUUUGACAACUGGAUAUUUUCAGCUGCCCAUGUCUAUUUUUUGCAUUCCUAAGGUGGUUCAUAGUACUUACAUAUCUGUCAACUUCCAUUCUUAAAUUGAUGAAGCAUCAUUAAUAUGAAUAUUUCCCUUUUUAACAGGAAUUUUCAAAAGAGUAUCAGGUUCUUAGUGCCAAGAAUGAGUGCAAUGCCUCCCAAGCAGGUACAUGUUAUUGUAUAGCAAGUUUUUGGAGCAGACUUUGAUAACAUCAGAAUAAAGUAAUGCCAAAAGCCAAUCAGAACAGACUUAAUUAGAACCCAUUGAGACAAAAGCCUGUUCUGGGCUCCCAGUUAUUAAAAAUGAGUGUAAUAAUAAAUGGCACAACAGUAGUGGUGAAGCGCAAAAAGGAGAGAUGUGUGGGUUGGGUUGCCUGUAACACCUACUGUGCUCUCUGUGACAGAAAGAAAUCUUAUUUUACAGGUUUACCCUACACCAGGCUUUCAGCACAUCCAAACAUCUCACCGAUCCUGCAUCACUUUACUGAUGACACCCCUGUCCUACCAGAUGCUUCCACAAGCUACCCAGCUGCAUUACCUUGCAGUAGUGGUGGACUGGCUAGGAAUCGCACCAUGUUUUUGGUCAUGCCAAGGUUUGAAACUACAUGUAUUCACAAAAUAUGUCCACAUCAGACUCUAAAUGUUUUGUCUGCUGUGAUAAACAUCCCCAUCUUUUAAACCCAAUGAAGUAAAGAUUUUGAUUGUGUAUUAUUUUUGACAGAUAUGACAGAACUGUCAGAGAAUAUUUGGCAUCAAAUUCAAAGCCAGAUCUGCAGGUAUCUUCACUGCUUCUCCUGCAGCUCCUUGAAGGCAUCAGGCAUCUCACAAGACAUGGAGUGGCACACAGGGACCUUAAAACUGACAACUUGCUUCUGGGUGAAGACACCAAUAGUUCAUUCCCCCAGUUGGUGAUAGCAGACUUUGGUUGCUGUCUAGCAGACAGAUCAAGGGAGCUUGUACUCCCUUUCCACACAGCAGAGAUUGAUCGUGGAGGCAAUUUCACUCUGAUGGCCCCAGAGGUAAAUGAUCAAUGACAGUGCAGUGAUCAAGGUGUUUAAUCAGAUGUAUUUGGAGCUGAACAAGUACACUGUACUGAGUGAUAUACAUUGAAUUAAACAACAUAAUUCCAGUAUUUUUAGCAGCUGUAGUGACUUGUAAUUUAGUUCAUUACACUACCAUACCUGUAAAUUUUCUAAAUAUUACGUCACUCUAAUUUUUUUCCCAGAUUGCAUUAGCUGUUCCUGGGAAGGAUUCUGUCCUUGAUUUCACUAAAUCUGAUGGUAAGCUUUAAGUGCUUUUCUUGUCAAAGGUUCUUUUCUCUAUGAAAUAAAACUGUGUGCAGUUUGCAAGAUCCACUCUGUGACUGCUGUAAUGCAUUCGUGUUAAUCUUUAUUGCAAAAACUGUAUUCACUUGUUGCUAAAAAGAUUUGUGAUGUGCAAGAUAUGUAUUUUGUGUCCCUUCCUUGUUCUUCAGCAUGGGCAGCAGGAGCCAUUGCAUAUGAGUUUUUUGGCAAUGUCAAUCCAUUUGGAUGGGAUGGGUUGGACAGCAGGAAUUACAAAGAUGAUGACCUUCCUGUUCUUGUCCAGUAAGUGAGAUACAUCUUUUCUGCAGAAAAAUAAUUUUUUCUUACCGAAAACAGUCAUGGGCUUAAGCGCUGACAAUAUUAUUGUGUUGUGUUCUUGAACACUUUAUUCUCAGAGUCUAUCUUCUCUUCCAAGAGGUGAGGAUAAGUACCAGCAGACUGUCUGGGAACACUGGCAGGCAUCCAUCUAGGGGGUUGAAAAACUAUAUGAAUUGCUUCAUGUUACAGAAACCUGGAUAAGCCCCACCCAACUCACAAACCAUUUUUAAAAUUAUAACCAGCCAGUCAUGAUUGCAAGAGAUGGCCAAAAAGUUGCCAAUAGUGCAAUAUUUUAUCACUGUACAUUAACACUUUUUUGCCCCAAACAGAGUCCAACCAGGUGUGAGAAAAGUAGUGUCACUGCUCCUUAAAAGGGACCCUGCAGAGAGGAUAACAGCAGAAACAGCAAUCACUAUGUUAAUCCUAGUGUUAAGGGCCCCAGCUGAGUGGCACCAGGGGGAAGAUGUGCAGGUUGAAAACAUCAAUUGGUGAGUAUUUUUAAUCCUCCAGAAUUAAGUGGAAAGUAUAUCAUGUUUCAGGAAUCAGUCAGUGCAGAAUAGGGGUGGUUUGGAAAAUAAAUGAGCCAGGCCUUUUACAAAGAUUUGUUUAGAUCCACAACAUGUUGUUUGCAAGUUCAGCAAAGUUGUUUUCGAGAAGGAAGUAUUAGCAGUUUGACUGGUCUCAAAACACUUAAUUAACAACUGCUGUCACUAGAUAAGGAGAGUAAACUUUCUGGCCAUGAUUGUCUUAAAAAAACAAGCUCCUAGGGUGGUAGUAUGGGACAAACUAAAUCAACCAGUCCAAGAUUAGGCACAGGCUUAAAUCAUAGUACUCUCUUAUGCUCAAGGGAUUUAACUAUUUGAAGAAAGUGACACCACCUUGACAAGGAGUGUAAAUGGUUUUGGCAACUAGUUAGAGAAUCCAUCAUUCCUGGGUGUAAUCUGUAGCAGAAGUCAAUAGAAAGUGAUAAAGAAAAUAACCCAACACCAUGUGAAGAGUUCACACACUUCUUUUCCAUUCACUUAACUUUCCAUAAUACACAUACUGCCAGGAUUUCUUUCUAUUUUUUUUCCAAUUUUGUUAUUGCUCAUUUUAAGAGUUGUGCUGGGGAACAGGGAAUCCUUGGAUAUGUGGAGACUAAUUUUGUUUUUUAAGUAUUUACCUUUUGAAAAUGUAUUUCUGAUGUGCCCUUGGUACUUUCAGUUACCACCAAUCUUUUAGCAAAAACCUGUGGUUGAUUUGUGAGGUGGCAGUAAGUUAUGUUUUCUUACAGAUGAAAGCAUCUCUUCUCUUUUUUUCUCUUUCUUCAGGUGGCUUUUCUGCAUUUCAUUGGAAAUGCUUGGGUCUGAAUUCCAAAGAGCGUGGACUCUUGAAGAUAAGGUCAGUUGUUGGGCACAACUUGCUAGAAACCCAUGGGAGUUUGUCGACUCAAAAAGUGUAAACAAUGACAAACCACAAUAAUAGUAUCUAUCUGACCUUUUCAGGAAGGAGUAAGUCAAGUUGUAGAAUACACUUGCAAAUAGUGCCCUGUAGAAUUUCCUCUAGUUGUGUACUAGAUUCACUUGAGGGCUGAGUCCUUUCAUAAAUGUCUCAUAGUUUAUCCAAUAGUCCAGUCACUGUUGUAUGUCUGUUGUUUUUUAUUACGUUCCUGCUUGUGUGUUUUUUUGUUGUUCGUUUGUCAGUCCACAACCAAAUUUACUUAAUCGCAAAUAGACAGAAGCAGUCAGGAUUCAAUUCAAAAGUAGCCACAUGUUCAUAAAAGGAACCAUUUUGCUACUUAUAUAUUUUUUCUAUAAAAAUCUUGUCUUAUGUCUCAUUUUUGUUAUUUGAUCACAUUUUUGUUUAUAUGCAGCAACUGAAGAGUGACCAGUACAUACUGAUCAUUUGUGUUUACUUCAACAGAUCAUGUAUCGCUUCCUGUGCCGUGUUACACCAAACCAAAUCAAAGAUGCAUUGGAACUGCUGACAAAUGAUGUUUAGUGGACUGGACUUGUAGUUGCUAGACUCGUUCUGGGUUGGGGUGGAAGUUAUCAAUAGACUUACAUAAAGGCAUCACUGGAAUCAAAAAAGAACAGUACAAAAAUGUUGGAGACAUGAAACAGAUUUAUUGCCACGCCAACGUACAUUUCUCUUUUGCAGUUGAAACAGAUUUUUUGUGACUUGUGUUUUGACAACACGUAGUGGAUUUAUUUCACUUACAAGUUGUCUCCCAAGAUUUCCGUUAGUGUGGAAGAAAGACUAAAUUAGUUACAUUUGUUUAAUUGUCAAUUUCAAAGUUGUAGUUGCGAAAGAGAACAUUAUCUCUGAUCGCUGACCAAUAAGAUCUGGCUUGUUGUAUUUAUCUACGAGGCCCUCUUCGCGUUUAAGUUACGCUCUUUUUGUUUCAUUGAGUGUAGAAAUUCAAAUGCAUCUUGCUGUGUUUCACUUUAAUCCAACUAAGGGCUAUAUUCGUUGCGGUGGUUAAUUUCCCUUAAUCAACUUUUACUACUGAAAUUCAACCAAGUGUUAAGAAACUAAUGAUACAUACAAAUAACCUGUCAAAAAGUAGACUAUUGAAUGUAAAGAAACUUUUGAUUGGUAUGUUUUUUACUUCUGGCAAUUUAAUCGGUUCCAGUACACUUUAUAUUAGUGUUUGUUUGUACCUUGGUACAUUCGAUUCUGAGGGUUUUACCCAACGGUUGUACAUUUUGAGUUCGCUUUUUAGUUUUUUUACACUAUGAGGGCAGCGAGUGAUUUAUUAAUGGUACCCUCAAAAAACUAAUUGUUUCGUUGAUUCGAAUUUGUGGUCAAUCUUUAGUUAGAUCGCUUUUUAUUGUUGAAUUCAAUUCCUUGACUUCUAUUUCUUUUGUUUUUGUCUCUUUAAUUAAUUGAUGAUUUUAAAAAUCCCGUGUAACUCCUAGCAAUGAAAGGUAAAACUUUUCUUUACCUGCUCAAGUUCCUCUAUGUUUUUAGCACUCUGAUUCCACAAGAGAGAGGUCUGGAUUCGAGCGGGGCCCGGUGCACAAAGCAUCGGUCACCUUGUCGCCACACAGGAGAGUGAAGUGUUUGCCACAUAGAUAACAUUGAAAGAAAACUGAAUGUUAAAGCAUCCCAGACCAGGUGGAUUUUUUUAACCACCAUCGCCGCCUCGAGACAUGUUGAUAUACCGGCUCUGAAAGCCACGGGAGCCAUUCCUGUUUUGCUAUUUUCUUAUCGAUUUUAUCACGUCAUUGUAAAAUCGUGAGUUUCUCCUUUUUU